GCACCCAAGAAACUAACAUCGCAAAAUGCAAGUCAUCGGAGAAAGCAGCGAAUGGAACAUGGAAUGCAUUGAAAGAAGGAAAGAAGGAAAGAGGGCUCAGCGAAUGCUCGAAGGGCAGACGAAGAAGGAACGAACGGAAGGAGAAGGGAGAGACGAGAGUGCAUGCCGAUGCCCGCCCGCCCGAGCGUUAUCGUGACGCUGUGCAGUUUGUUCUGUGAGUAGGAUCAUACCCGCGACAUGCGAAGCUCCGUGCCUGGGGAUAGAACUUCGUUCUGGCCUUGCAUCGUGCCUCCUCGUUGGACAGUGCGAACUUCGUUCUUCGACGCGACGAUUUUCGUUGCAGCCUCGACGAGACGACUCUGAGAAAUUGCGGUGCGCUGGGACGAAGAGUUGCGGGUUGCAGGGUUUAGCUGUUCGGGAGUAAGGAGGGGCAACGGAUCGACUGAUUAGGUGCCAUGUCUUGGUGCACGAUUGAGUCGGAUCCUGGGGUUUUUACGGAGCUCAUACAACAAAUGCAGGUGAAAGGGGUCCAGGUGGAAGAGUUGUACAGUCUGGACCAGGACUCAUUAGAACGGCUGAGGCCUGUGUAUGGUUUGAUAUUCCUUUUCAAAUGGAGACCAGGAGAGAAGGAUACUCGGCCUGUGCAAAAGGAAUUUAACAACAACCUAUUCUUUGCAAGCCAGGUUAUAAACAACGCGUGUGCAACACAAGCCAUUUUGUCGAUUUUGAUGAACCGACCAGAAAUUGACAUCGGACCGGAGCUUUCUAUUUUGAAGGAAUUCACGAAAGAGUUUCCAUCAGAAUUGAAGGGUUUGGCUAUCAAUAAUAGCGAAGCUAUCCGCACUGCACAUAACAGCUUUGCCAGGCCUGAACCUUUCGUUGCCGAUGAACAAAAAGUAGCAGAUAAGGAUGACGAUGUGUAUCACUUCAUUAGCUAUCUGCCAGUUGAUGGAGUCUUAUACGAGCUCGAUGGGUUGAAGGAAGGUCCUAUUAGUCUGGGUUCUUGUGGUAAAGGAGGUCCGGAUAGCAUGGAAUGGUUAAAGAUGGUGCAGCCAGUUAUACAAGAGAGAAUAGAGAAAUACUCAAAGAGCGAGAUAAGGUUCAACUUGAUGGCAGUUAUCAAAAAUAGGAAGGACAUCUACAACCAGGAGCUUGCUGAGCUCGAGGCGAAGAGAGCAGAGCUUUAUGGACAGCUAGAGGCAGCGCAAGGGAAAGGCGACGAUGUCAUGGAUGUGGAUUCGGACGAUAAACAAAAUUCUCCUCUGGAGCAAGUCCGGCUCGCCCUUAUGGAGAUAGAGUCUGAGAUUGCCGGAGUGAGUGAUCGGAUUGCCAUGGAAGAGGAGAAGUUUAAAAAAUGGAAAACCGAGAAUACUCGACGAAAGCAUAAUUAUAUACCCUUUUUGUUCAAUUUUCUGAAAAUUCUUGCAGAGAAGAAGCAGUUGAAGCCUUUGAUUGAGAAGGCGAGGCAGAAAACUUGAACAGCCCAGGGACUUGGAACUUAUUUCACUCUGAAAGGCGAAAUACUGGCUGACGCCUGCGGCUUAUCCUUGUGGCUUCACAAGACGGUGUAUAGGUGAGAGCGAAUAUCUAGGUUAGAAGGUCAAGGAGAAAGCUACGGUUCUCUUAGCAGAAAAUUUUGUGCAGUGUUGAAAUUCAUAAAAAUAAAAUACACGACGUGCUCAGUACAGUCUGGACCA